CUUUCUGUGUGUGUGUGUGUGUGUGUGUGUGUGUGUGUGUGUGUGUGCGUGCGUGCACACAAAGAAGGAGACUGUAUCACAGGAAUCAAGCGAGCAUAAGAGAAAAAAAAGAGUUUUGUGACUUGGAAGCACAGUUCCCCUCUCAUGUCUCUCUCCUCUUCACUCUACAACACACUCUGAGUCAUGAGUCAGCUGUGGGGAAUCAAGGUUCCUGUGUAAUGGGUAAACACAAAUCAGUGGUCUGGCUAAGGUCACUCACCUGGCCUGCGGUGUCCACUCUACAUGAAUCACUGCAAAUUCAGGAGAUGUACAGACGGAUGGACACUUUAUUAAAAGAAAUGUUUGCCAAAUUUGGAAUUAUUUCUAAUAUUACAAGAGCUCCCAACUAACAUUUUUUCUGCCUUUUACUCUACACUUUCUUUCCUUUAUCCUCUGUUUGCCUGCUGCCCACUCUGCCUUUUGUCCACCUACAUGUUUGCAAAGAUCUGGUCACAACCACACAGCCAUGAAGCACUCCCUCCUGGGGAUCGAUAACCCGCACUGACCAUGGCAUAUUUGCCCUCUGGACCCCAGGACAGUGUGCCAGCACACACCUUCUCUUCACACACUGUUGAAGAGUCUCUCUGCUUCUCGUCCCACCACCGACGCCUCAGGGUAACUUGGAGUCAGCAGACCAUCCAAAGGCUCAGGAGACGGCACACUGGGAGGCCUGGGUGGGUGAAUGCACUGAAGGAUGGCCGUGUUUUGGAAAGCAAUGGCAGGUGGACUGCUGCUCACUUUGAGCCUCACUCUGCUGGGGUGGGGAGUUGAGGGGCAGGGGAACGGACGGGGUAAGAAAGAAGUAUCAGGCGGGGCUACUGUCUACCUCGGCCAGGACAGAGACAUCUGGAGGCCAAUGAUCUACACAACAGUAAACCUUAGUGAAAUCCGCAGUAUCAAGUCAUCCUUUCAGUUACGGACCUUUGACCCUGAAGGUACCAUUUUCUAUGGAGACACUAAAAACGGACAGGACUGGUUUGUUUUGUCCCUGAUGGACGGUAUCCCCCUGAUGCAGAUCAGCAGAGAAGACAUCCUCAUCAGCGUGGCAGGCGGCCCUAAGCUCAAUGAUGGGAAAUGGCACACACUGGAGGUGAGCCACCAAGAGAAGUUUGUGGUUCUAGAGGUGGACGGCUCCAAUAGGCUGGAGGUGGGCAUGCAGUCCAAACAGACACAGGAGAUCCUUGUAGGUGAACUCCGACUGGCCGUUGGUGGGAUCCUGAUCAACAAGGAAAAGAUGAUUGUUCAGUUUGAGCCGCAGAUGGAUGGCUGUGUGCGCGAAGGCAGCUGGCUAAACCUCAGCAUCCCCUGGGAGGCGGACGUGGAGGAGCUGUGGCCCUGCUAUCAAAACAUCCAACCUGGCAGCUACUUCGCUGGCACUGGAUUUGCCAUUUUCAACACCUCAGUUUUCCCCAUUGAGGCAGAUCAUGUGGUCAAGACUGAAUUGUGGGGAGAUUUCAGUAAGAUGGAUGGGACCAUUUUGAGCAUCAAGGCUCCUGGGCAAGAGAUGAUCUUUGCUUUAGUGGCCAAUAAUAACACAAAGGAGGUCACACUCACUUUCGGUGAAGAAAAACUCAGUAUGAAUGACACUUUCAAGAGACUGGUGAUAACCUUUGAGAUAGAUAAACUGCAAGUGUUUCAAGAUGAAGAUGAAUCAAAGACUACAAAGUUAUCUUUCGCAGGGAGCCACCCUGGUUAUUUGACCCCAUGGAGACAGGGUAGGCUCGCCUUUGGAGGUCUCCUAGGUAAGGGGGAGGACGACGUUGGUUCCCAGUUCUUGACAGGCUGUCUGGAGAAGAUCCAGAUCCAAGGGAGGGAUGUGGACCUGGAUUUAGCUGUCAAACACAUGUCAAUCUCCUCUCACAGCUGCCCUGCAUAGACCAUGAAAGUAUACAUGUUCAAUAUGUGGAUUCAGUGUUUGCAAUUGAUGCUUUUGGAUCCAAAUGAUGUAGAAAAAGUGUUUUAAAGUGAAAUAAUGUCUACUAAUAGUCAUUCUGUAGUCGGAUGAGGUAUUUGUACAAAUUAAACUCUAAAAUGUGGAGAAUUUACAAUAAAAUAUUAAUAGGUUGUUCAAUAAAUAUCUCUCCCAUUAGCCCCUAUUUUAACAGAAUAUGCUGAUUAAUCUGCAAAAUGUGAGUGAUUUUGUGACCUUGGUACAUGCAACAGUCUGUUUCUAAAUAAAAUAUGACUAUCCAUAGUAUAGCUAACCAUGAA